CAAGCCACCUGAUUGGUCCUCCAGUCCCGGUUUAAACAGUAUACCGCCUAGAGAAGAGCUAACGUUACGGACAUUUCGAUGAGAACUGCUUUAAAUGCUUUGUGUGCUGAUUAAAACACAUCUACAAAAUGUUGGAGUCUUGUUUAGGUGGGAAGCCGGAGAGAGUCGGGCCGGUGGUGGUGGACGAUAUCAAGAAAGAUCUGCUGGGGGAAUUCACUGCUCUACCUGCACAGGACAGCGUUCAGACAGAGAACCUGCAGGUUUACCUGAGGGUUCGACCGUUCACUGCAGCUGAGAGCGACGACAGAGGCUCACAGGAGUGUGUGACCAUCGAGGGUCCGGACACCGUGGUGUUGAAGGCUCCCAGGAGCUGUCAAUCAAAGUCCCUCCCACAGACGGCCCAGAGGUUCACCUUCACACAGGUGUUCGACCCGGACGCGAGUCAGAGGAAAGUGUUCGAAGGUUCAGUCCGAGGUUUAGUCCGGGACGUUCUGGGAGGAGGGAACUGUCUCGUGUUCACGUACGGAGUCACCAACGCUGGGAAAACCUUCACGUUCCUGGGUCCGGACCAUGACUCCGGGCUGUUGCCUCGGUCUCUGUCGGUGAUCUUCAACAGUAUUGAGGGUCGUCUGUACGACCGCAGCGACCUGAAGCCUCAGCGCUGCAGAGACUUCAGCAGACUGACUCCAGACCAGCAGGCAGCAGAAACCAGCAGCAAGAGGAACCUGUUGAGGCUUCUCAAAGAGAGCAACAAAAGUCAGACGUCUGGAAGAUCAACUUUCCUUGACGGCUCGUCUCUCAGCACUGACAGCAGCGUCUCUGAAGACAGUUUCUGUCUCGACGUCGACUCAAACGUCCGUUUUUCCAUCUGGGUUUCAUUCUGCGAGAUUUACAACGACAACAUCCACGACCUGCUGGAGCAGGUUCCCAGUGGACACCACAAGAGGACAGUGCUGCGUCUGUCUCAGGACGUCAAAGGAAACUCCUUCAUCAAAGACCUGCGGUGGGUUCAGGCGAGCAGCUCUGAGGAGGCAUACAGAGUGAUGAAGAUCGGGAAGAAGAACCAGAGCUUCUCCUCCACCAGACUCAACCAUCUGUCCAGCCGCAGCCACAGCAUCUUCUCCAUCAGGAUCCUCCGCGUGGACGACGUCGGCGUUUCCAGAGUCGUCGGCAUCAGCGAGUUGUCUCUGUGCGACCUGGCCGGCUCUGAGCGCUGCUCCCGGACUCUCAACACCGGGGAGCGACUGAAGGAGGCCGGAAACAUCAACAGCUCCCUGCUGACGCUCGGGAAGUGCAUCAACGCCAUGAGGCUCAACCAGCACGCCAAGUUCCAGCACCACGUCCCCUUCAGAGAGUCCAAGCUCACACACUUCCUGCAGUUCUUCUUCUGUGGUGCCGGCCGCGUCUCCAUGGUAGUCAACAUCAACCAGAACUCGGCCUGCUUCGACGAGACGCUCAAUGUCCUCAAGUUCUCCGCCCUCGCACAGAAGGUGGUGAUGUUGAACUCGAGGCCGGUGGCGGUGGAGGACGCCCCCCACAGGUCGGCCAUGGAGCUGUCGAUGAUUAUCGACGAGGCCGACCGGCGCAGAAACGUGUCGGGCCGCGGCAGGAAGAGCUCUCUGGUGGCCUGGGAGACGACGCUGGAGGACGUGCUGGAGGACGACGACGACGACGACGACGACGGGGAAGAGUGGGGGGGGGAGGAUAGCUGGACGGAGGGGACCGUGCUGGAGGCAGGAGGGGGGGGGGACAGGACCAUGGAGGGAGAAGAGAAGUCGGAGGUGGCGCUGCGUCUGGUGCUGGAGGCUCAGAUCAGGGAAGAAGUCAGCUCUGAGUUCAUGGAGCUCUUCAACAAGAUGGAGAAAGACUACAGUGAGCGUCUGGAGAAGGAGAGGGAGCUCCUGGAGGAGCGAGCUGAGAAGAGGGUGGAGAUCCUGAAGAACCUCUUCAGUAAGACGGUCGAUCUGUCCGACAGCAGCAGCAAGGAGGAGCAGGCGGACAUGUUGGACGGCAUCAUCAGCUCCGUGACAGAAGACCUGGAGAAGAUCAGAGAGGACGCUCAGAGUGUUCAUCGCUGUCUGACUGAACACAACCACGCUGCAGAGCUUGAGGCCCUGCGAUUGGAGAAGCAGCAGUCACAUGACCAACUACAGGAAGCGAAGCAGAGUCUGGAGCGGCAGCAGCAUGAGCUGUCAGCGCUGAUGGACAUCUGUGAGCAGAAAGACGACGUCAUCAACAAACUGCAGACCGCCAUGGACGCCACCGUGGAGAACGCCACCAGAGACAGAGCGCUGGUGGAGUCGAUCAGGGCGGAGCUGCUGGAUCUACAGCAGAGGAGCAGCAGAGGAGAGGAGGAGAACAGGAAGCGCCAGCGCGAGGCUCAGGAGGACGAGGAGGAGGGACCAGCGAAGAAGAGAGUCUCUCCGGUGCUGGAGGAGGAGAUCUGGAGGCUGCAGGAGGAAAACGAGAAGAAAGAGGAAACCAUCGUGGAGCUGAGGGAGAGGGAGCAGACGAGGGGGGGGCUGCAGGAGGAGGUGCAGCAGCUGAAGAAGGAGCAGGUUGAGCUGCAGCAGAAGGUGCAGCAGCUCACAGAUCUGGACGAGUGUCUGAACUGCGACUCUGUGUUUUCAUCUCUGGAGUCGAAGCAAAGAGAAACAUCCAGACUGACGAAGGAGAACAAAGCGCUCGUUAACGGCAUCUUCCAGCUCCAGACAGAGGUGACCGGUCUCCAAACGAAGCUCAAAGAGCAGACUAACAGGUCUGACAGCCAAUCAGAGGAGCUCAACACGUCGAACACCCGCCUCCAGGAGCUGGAGAGCCAAUCGGAGGAGAAGGACGAGAGCAUCGGCAGUCUGAGACAGGAAGUGGAGCGUCUGAGACAGGAAGUCGAGGAGGAGCAGCGCAGCAGCGGCAGUGUUUUCCACGGCGCCAUGGAGGAGCUGCAGAAGGAGAGCCGCGCCGCGCUGCAGAGGUCCGCUCAGAAGUCCCAACACAUCGAAGAUCUGCAGAGAGAGAAGAGUCAGCUGCAGGAAGCGCUGACGCUCAGGGAGAACAGGUUUGUUGAGCUCAGCAAGGAGUUAGCCAAUCAGAGAGCAGAAUCCACCCGUCAGCUGCAGCGCCUGAAGGCGGAGCUCCAGUCUGAGGGCGGAGCUCUGCGAGGGAGACUGCAGGAGAUGGAGAGAUCGGAGGAGGAGAGAAGGAGGAACCAGGAGAGGGAGGAAGAAGAGCUUCAUGGAGUCGUGUCGGAGAAGGAGAAACUUCUAGAAGAAUGUCGCAGGCAGACGGAGACUCUGAGAAAAGAGCUGGAGCGUCUGAAGGACGAGCUGCAGAGCCGGGAGCAGGAGGAGAACAGGGAGCAGGAGGAGAACAGGGAGGAGAGGACGGUGCCAGUGGUGGAGGAGCUGAAAGAGGAGCUACAGAGGCUCCAGGAGCGGAGGAAGCAGCAGCAGGAGGAGCAGCAGCAGCAGGAGGAGCAGCAGCAGCAGCAGGAGAAGCAGCAGGAGCAGCAGCAGUGGAGGAGCCGGGAGUUUGAGGCUGUGAAGAAAGAGUUGCUGAAGCAGGAGAGAGCAGACGCACAGGACGUUUGUGUGUCUCCUCUGAGGUCCAACAUGGCCGACAGGAAGAAAACCUCUAAAACGAUAGGAAGGAAGAGGAAGAGCUGCGAUGUGCAGGACCUGGUGUUCAGUGAGAACAAGAGAAACAGACUGAGAGGAAACACUCAGACCAACAAACAGUCUUCUUCUGUGGUGAAGGAGAGACCGGGGGUGCCCCCACUCUCCUAA